AUGCGUGUGCUUUCCCGCGCUGCGCGCAUACUGCCGAGGCUGACCCCUACGAGGAGCGUUCAGCGCCGGGAGGUGUCGCGCGAAGCGGUACUCGCGCGGUGGAACGCCCGUCCCGUGGACGCGACGGGGGGCAACGCGGCAAGUGUUGUGGGCAAAGGCAUGAAGUUCGCAUCUGCUAUCACUGGGGGUGGUAUGUGGGGAAAGCCCCGCGUGGAUGUUGCCUCAACGAUUGCGGAUGUCAGUUGGGACCUCUGCGAGCGCCUGGAUUUUUACGUACAGUACAGCGUGCCGUCUAACUGGUUGGUGGCGGAGCGGGUUGGCGAGAACAGCCUCGCGAUUCAGUGUCGACCGCCACUGGCUGACCCUACCGCGGGGCAGCCGACGGUUCACGGUAUUUCGCUCAAUUGUUUUGCCUACAAGCAGAAGGUAAACGAGCCGGACAGUGCGAGGCUUCUCAGCCUCUUCCUGAAGCGAUUUAACGCGUCCGUCUCCAACUCCUUGGAGGUUGUAUCGCAGUCAGCUGGGCGGAGCGGAGUUGCCGCAGCUGCAGAUUCAUCCACGCGUAGUAUUAGUGAGUCCCUGGCCAGCCGACUCGACUGCGCCGUGGCGGACAUCACGUUUACACCUGCCGCUGGCGAGCCCUUGGCCCAUGGACUCUGCCGUGCCUUUUACAACUCAAACCACAAAUUUCACUACGUUGUCGUUGUUGCGGUGCCAGAGGAGGAGUUUGAGGUGUCGCUCGACCUCCUCACGCAUGCGUUGCUGGCGGUCGUCGAGGGCCGGGUGGAAGCUGCGGCAAAACGUACAUAA